AUGAUUAUUCAAUCGUUAACUAAACUAGCCAAGCAUUCUAAUUUUAAAACGAACAUCUUUAAAACGAGCAUCUUUAUAUACUGCAUAAAAAGUCGCUUCAUAAAUUUCUCUCAUGGAAAAAAGCCUUUGAAUCUAUUGUUAGAACCACAAGAAAUAGAACUCGCAGCAGAUUUGAAAAACGGAAAAUGCUGUAUUCUUGCAGGAGCUGGAGUAUCUUCAUCUAUUAUCAACAUUGACCCAGUUAUGUCUGAAAUAAAUGCCAGAACUAUAAAAUCAACUGUUGGUAGUUGGGCUGGAUUUCUUCGUGCUGCGGCUACAGAAUUUUUCAAAACAUAUACGUCAUCACAACUUCCCUUAAAGGAUAUUAAUGACCUGUUUGAAUUCGGAAGUUACAUUGAUGAAAAAAUUAGUAAACUAUUUGAAGAAAAUCAAGACCAAUUAUCUGUUGCGAUUAAAGCUGUUGAAGAUGCUAUUUUUGACAGAAAAGAAUUUUCACAAAAUGAAUUAAUUUCUCAAAUUACAGAUGAUAAGAAAAGACUAAUUUCGGAAAUUAAUGUCGAAAUUCAAAGAAUUAAGUUUAUUAUUGAUCGAGUUUACAAUGCAUUGCCUCAAGCAAAAUUCCAAAUUUCUCACAAAGAAAAUAAAAUUGAGAAUGAUUAUCUUGACCUUUUAAAAAAAGUUGCAUUAAUUUCGUGGGGAAAAGGGUCUGCAAUUACAGAAUCAACAGAGGUCCUUACGCAACUUAUUAAUAAAAUGAAUGAGAGUUUAGGACAUAUUCCAUCCGGUAAUUUAUGGCAACGAGGUUCCAAGUCAGUUAAACAAAGGAUUAAUAUAUUAGAAGAAGAUAUUACCAAUAAUCAAGAUGAAGAGGCGAAAGAAAAGUUGAAAUAUUUUAAAAAUCAUUAUACAGAAUUAAAAACAUUAUUUGAUAAGUUUUCCGGCAGUACCGAGAGAAGCAAAUACAUCACAGAGUUUACUAAAGAUUUUCAAUUAACAUUAGCAGGUGUAAUUUCAAUAAAUCACGAUAAUUUGAAUCAAACUUUUAGACGUCUUACUGAGCUUGUACUUAGUCCACUAAAGUCGAAUCCACAUUCGCCCUUGGCCAAAGCAUUGGAUACAAUAUGCGAAAAUAAUGUACUCUUAACUUCUAACUAUGAUACAUUCUUGGAAAGUGCAUUAUAUCGUAAUGCAUUGGAUUACAUGGAUGAUUUAGCUGAUUCAAAUCAAUUAGAUUUUUUAAUUCCGGAUGAUAUUACAAAAGAUUCUAAACUUCAUAAUCGGUUUGUUAUUCAUGUUCAUGGUCUUUACUAUGAUAAAGGAACCUUUGUUAUAUCUGAAGAAGAGUAUAAAAAAACUACUAGUUCAUUUUACAAAUUUAUGAGAUCGCUAAUUCUAGAAAAGAAGCGAUCUUUAGUAUUUAUUGGAGUCAGUGCAGAUGGUUGGACGGACUGGCAUAUGUCUAAUUUAUUCAGAGAUUUGGCUCAUAUGGAUAACAUAGAUAGCCAUCCUCGUCAUUAUUGGGUUGUGAAAAGAGGUACAAAUUUUCCUAAUGAAGAUGACUUUUCGGAAUUAUCAAAUCAAAAAGAACAAAAAAUUACUCUAGAAUAUGUUAAGAAAAAAGUUAAAAUUGUUAAAUAUGGUGAUUCAUAUGACAAUUUAGCCCCUUAUCUGAUAUACCUUUCAACUUUACACCAAGAUCUAUAA